CACUGGCCCCGAGGGGAACGUAAGACCCGACAGAACUACACGGUGGACCAACUUCAGCAUCACUUAACGAAUAAUAUCGACCUUACGAAUUUUUUACAACAGUAAUGGAGCUCAAUUAUCAGUCAAUGAAAAUCGCCCACCAGGCCCGAGAGGCGGAUGAGCAGAGGACCGAGAUGAGGAAGAAAAGUCUCCUCAUCCUCAUCUAUCACCACCUGCUGGGGCAAGGCUAUGUAGCUGCAGCAGUGGCCUUGGACCAAGAGACAAAUGGAGGUGUGAGGAGGUUCGAGGUUAGCGAUAACAUCGAUCUGGAGAUGGUGUUGAUGGAGUAUGAGAGCUACCACUACGUCAAAUUCCAGAAGUAUCCCAAACUUAUCAGAAGAAUAGCAGAAGCAGGUGAAAGAAAAUAUCCAACACGUAGUGCAACUAAGAGGAGUCCCUGUUCAGCUGUGAAACCCCUCCCAGAAAUCAACCCAUCCCAGAACACAAACACAGGAACUGGAGCAAAGAAGCCAGCCACUAGUGAGAAUGGCACCUAUCUUGCUCCACAGUCAUCGGACUUUGGUCUCAGCGUAUCCUCCAUCAAAAAUAGACCAGCUGGAGAGUGUGCCACAAACAGGAAGAUAACUGAUGCCAAAGGUGUAAUCCAGGAUGCUGUCAGAGGAGCUGGGAUUGAUUCAGACCAUAUGGAACGCCUACUGAAGCCCCUGAGUGGCUUUUCUGGAAUGAGUGGUGAGAUGAGGGAACUAGCUACGAUCGUCAGCAGGGACAUCUAUUUGCACAGCCCCAAUGUGCGAUGGGAGGACAUCAUCGGUCUGGAGGAUGCCAAGCGAUUAGUCAAAGAGGCCGUCGUUUAUCCCAUUAAGUAUCCCCAACUCUUUACAGGCAUCCUGUCUCCAUGGAAGGGUUUACUGCUCUAUGGUCCCCCGGGUACAGGUAAGACAUUGCUGGCCAAGGCCGUAGCUACAGAGUGUAAGACAACCUUCUUCAACAUCUCAGCUUCCAGCAUUGUCAGCAAGUGGAGGGGAGACUCUGAGAAACUGGUCAGGGUUCUAUUUGAGCUGGCCAGGUACCACGCUCCAUCCACCAUCUUCCUGGAUGAGCUUGAGUCAGUGAUGGGCCAGAGAGGAAGCAGCAUGGGGGGCGAGCACGAGGGGAGUCGCAGGAUGAAGACCGAGUUACUGGUUCAGAUGGAUGGACUAGCCAGAUCAGAUGACCUGGUUUUUGUACUUGCUGCCUCCAACCUACCUUGGGAACUGGACCAUGCAAUGCUGAGGAGGUUAGAGAAGCGGAUUCUAGUGAGUCUUCCCUCUUCACCAGCUCGCCAAGCCAUGAUUUCUCAUUGGCUGCCUCCUCUCAGCUGCACAGGAGGGGUGGAGCUACGCACUGUGCUAGACUAUGAAGCACUGGCAAAAGAGAUGGAGGGCUACUCCGGCUCAGAUAUAAGAUUGGCAUGUAAGGAAGCUGCCAUGAGACCAGUUCGAAAGAUCUUUGAUGCUCUGGAGUCACAUCAGGAUGAUGACACAGACAUGCCUGCCAUCCAACUGGAAACUGUAACAACAGCUGAUUUCCUGAAUGUGAUUGAACACACCAAACCCUCAGCGCGAAACCUGAUGGACAGAUACACAGCCUGGGAGAGAGAGUACCAAUCUGUCUGACACUAGUACACAUAACAUGAAUGUAAAGACCUUCAUACUAACGCCACUAAAUGUGAUGAUAACUUGUUUUUACUGUUACAAAUUUACAUCCUGCAUUAUACUAAUAAUUUACACAAUGACUAUAUAUUAGUCUAAAAUGUUUCCUAUACUUUGGAUAUUUGUGACAAGCUACUGCAGGUUGGAACAGUGUACAUUUUAAUAACUGUGGAGCUUUGAAAAACUGUUUUUGACAUGCAGAAAAGAUUUGUUCAUUGAUCAUUUGUUUUCUUUUUUAUUAUUUGAAAACAAAAAGUAUACAACCUAAUACAAUAAAACUUUGGUGACUGGUACUUUGAGUCAAACCACUAUGGCAUGACUGUUUUCGAUUUAUCAGGAUGUUCUGAGGAAAAUAAUUUCAAAUCUUAAGUCUCUCCACUGUUGAAACACUAGCAGUGUUUACUUGUGCAAAUGAAACCGGAAGGUUAUUUUUACUUGACGCUCAAAGCAGAUUCUGCAGGAUGUGUUCAACAGCAUCUGGGAAACUGUCACAUGUCAGGUGGGGAGCUGGGCUUAUUUUAUUCUCAUCGCCUUCUCUGUAUUUACCUAAAACAUAACAGGAGACAAGAUGGUUAGCAACAAGAAAAAAAAUUAUGACAGAUGAAGUUGCAGUAGGGAAUUAUUAGUAUCGGGAAACAGGAUGGGAAUGCUAGUCUAUCAGAUUCCGCGCUGCUGGUUUAGCAAUCAGAUUCACAGUGACUGCCAGCAACCAGACAGAGAAUAAUAAUUUCCUCCUAGCAACCAGUGAUUGCAAGCACUGUCUAGGCCUGUUUGACUAGGGCCUGACUAAAUGACUUUUCAGUUUUUAAGCAGAAUGCUCUUUUUCAGAUUAUUUUCAGUUUAUUCAUAAUAAUUCAUAAUAACGUCCUCUUCAUUGUCUCCCUAUUAUGUUUUAACUGCAUCUUCCUUUGUUUGAUUCUAUUCUCCCAAAAAACUGCAUUAGCAGUGUGUAUGCAAUGAAAUUAAAUGCUUAUUGCAGUGUA